GGUACGGAGGCAAUUAAUUGAAGUUGAACACGCAAAGUCGAGUAGGAGAGAAUCAGUUUGGUUUUGAAGAAGGGAGGAGACGAGACAAUGAUACUGGCUGUUCUGUUUGCCAACGUUGAGGGCAAUAUCCUCAUCGAACGUUUCGUUUCGUGCCCAAAAUUAAUAACUCAACUACGUGGGAAACUAGAAAACUGAUACGGUCCUAAGCUAAAGAGAAGGGAAAGAGAAGAAGAUAAGUCUGAGAGAUAAGCUUUUUCUGAUAUCCUUUAUUUCCCUUUCAUAUUACAUUUAUAGUUUUUCAGUUAACAGAAUCUAACUGAAUCCUAACUAACUAGGUACUAUAACGGAUUCUGGAAUUCUGGAAGGUUCUUCAAGUCAAACGCGAGUCAAACGCGAGUCAAUGACUGAGGCCGCGAGCCUGCAAGCACUUAUACGAAGUUCCGCAGGUAUGCUGGCUUCCUAUUCACUCUCUUGGGCCUGUUUGUAACUGAGGGUUGAUCUGCUAUGUUACUAUCAACACCCCCUUCGUCGAAAACAACCUUGUCCGCAAGGUUGUGAAGAUCACGUAAGUCGUCCCAAAGUUCCCAGGACGCUUCCUCCGGAGGAAGACCCUCCCAUUGCACCAAAACACGUUUUACCGGCGUCGUGCCCAAGGAGUCGAGUUUCCAGUCGAGGAUUGCGAAAGGGUGUACAAUGGGUUUUCAUGGAGUUCCUGCAGAGGAGCGUCUACACUGGCGUUCUUUCUUGGUUAAACUAGGAGCUGACAAUCUUAAGGGUGUAAAAAAUGAAGAACUCCUAGUUGCUUGCCAUAAGUCAGUUUACAUUGUAUACACAGUACUUGGGGAUGUCAGCAUAUAUGUUGUGGGGAAGGAAGAGUAUGAUGAACUUGCUUUGUCAGAAGUGAUCUUUGUGAUAACCUCAGCUGUGAAGGAUGUAUGUGGGAAGCCCCCAAGUGAACGUCUUUUCCUGGAUAAAUAUGGAAGAAUUUGUUUGUGCUUGGAUGAAAUUGUAUGGAAGGGAUAUUUGGAAAAUACAGAAAAAGAUAGAAUCAAAAGAUUGGUCAGGUUAAAGCCUCCAACUGAGUUCUAAAUGAGAAGUUCAAAAGUACUCAUUAUACAACUUGCAGUCUGUGUUAGUUGUUCAGCAUCUUGCAACUGGGAGUGGCAAGGCACUUAAGUUUAUUUCCAACAAUUGUCGGUCAGGCAAACCUCUACAUAUGAGCUUUCUUCCUUAGUGUAGCGAGGCAAGGAUUUUGCUGGGCCAACAUUUGUAUUACCCUUCUUAAUUUUUAACAUUUUUUUUCUGCCAUCAAAUUUUUAUUUUAUUCUAUCUUGUGCAUUGUGCUUUUGUUGGAUUUGGAUGAAUCCUUUUUUUUGUUCCUACGAUGAUACUCCCUCUCUCUCUCUCUAUAUAUAUAUGUAUAUAUACUUUCCUCAACUGUUAACAAUUGUUACUCAAUUUGAUCUGUAAUGCAUAUUAAUGUUAGAGACUAAA